AUGACCGUGUCGUAUAACUCGGCCGUAUCUUCCGUUAAUACGUUCACAUUUUUUCGUCUUCUGUUACGUUGGAGAGGAUCGAUAUGGAAAUCGAUAUCGGGCGAGUUGCUGCUGUGGAUCGUUUGCUACUAUAUUGUAUUUGCAAUUUAUCGAUAUGUGUUGAAUUCUCAAGCCCAAAGGAAUUUCGAACGCAUAGCCGACUACUGUAACGAGCACGUUGCUUGCAUUCCGCUAACAUUUUUGUUGGGAUUUUUCGUUUCAAUCAUCGUCCGUCGAUGGCGAGACAUCUUCGCGAAUAUGGGUUGGAUAGAAAAGUGA